AUGGCAAAAUCCAACACUAUCCUCUUCAUUUUCAUCCUCACAUCAUUCUCAACUUUAGGAUUAUCAGCCUACAAUGUGGUAGACUUUGGUGCAAGGCCUGAUGGCCAAACUGACUCAGCGGACGCAUUCUUGAAAGCGUGGGGGAUGGCCUGCAGGUCGAGAGAGCCUUCAAUUGUUUACAUUCCUCAGGGAAACUUUUAUGUCAGUAGCGCGCUUUUCUGGGGCCCGUGCAAAAAUUCGAUUUUGGUGUUAAUUAAAGGGACUAUCAUCGCUACGAGUAGUAUUGGCUCAUCCGCGAUUAAAUGGUUGGAGUUUCAGAAUGUGCAGGGUUUGACUAUCUUGGGUGGGACUCUUGAUGGAAGAGGACAGGCUUUGUGGGCUUGCAAGUUGGCUCAUAGGAGCUGCCCACUAGGUUCUAUAUCCCUAACAAUCAGUAAAUCAAAAAAUGUACUGAUCAGUGGCCUGAAAUCAUUAAACAGCAAGCUCAUGCAUGUAUCGAUCCAAUUCAGCGAAGAUGUAACUGUUCGAAAUAGUUUCAUGAUCGCUCCCAUAUACAGUCUGAACACUGAUGGAGUUCAUAUCCAACAGUCUACUGGCGUAAACGUCUUAAUGUCUGUCAUAAAGACAGGAGAUGAUUGCAUAUCGAUGAAACCUGGAACUAGCAAUGUCUAUAUCAAUCACAUUUAUUGUGGACCUGGACACGGCAUUAGCAUUGGGAGCUUGGCAGACAGCGUGAAUGAGCCUGGAGUGCAGAAUAUCACCGUGAAAUCAGUUGUGUUCGAUCAUACACAAAACGGGUUCAGGAUCAAGACAUGGGGGAGACCAAGCAAUGGUUUCGUUAAGGAUGUCAGUUUUCACAAUGCAAUCAUGAGAAACGUUCAUAAUCCUAUCAUCGUCGAUCAAAACUACUGCCCAAAUGCAUAUAACUGUCCUGGACAUAGCUCAGUGAAGCUUGAUUGCAGCAAGGAAUAUCCGUGCACGGGUAUGAAGUUGCACAACAUAAAGCUGUAUUAUGGGAAAUCAAAGGCACAAACUUUUUGUAGAAAUGCACAAGGGAGUUCUUCUGGCUUUGUGAUUCCACCAAGUUGUUUCUGAGAUUUAUUGAUUAUAGAAU